UGCUCGGUGAAGGUGGAUUUGGCAGAGUUUACAAGGGAUGGUUGGAUAAGAACACCCUCACUCCCGCCAAACCAGGCUCUGGAGUGGUAGUUGCCAUAAAAAAGUUAAACCCGGAGAGUUUACAAGGGUUUCGAGAGUGGCAGGUCGCAUUAUUUUGUUCUCUUUCAAUUACAUUUUAAACUUUGACUUUAAGUCUUUAAUGAACUGAAACACUUCCACCCUUAGAUGAAAGUAAUUGCUAACAUGUUAUGCAUGUCAGCAAUUGGAUACAAACUUUUCUUUACAAUGCUGGUAAAGGUAAAUGAACUUGUGCUGUUCCAGAGGACCUGACAAAACAUAACUGGCUAAAUGCUUAUCAUUCUAUCAUGUUGAAAUUUUACGUGUUAUAUUGUAUUUAAUCUCCGAUCAUAAAUCUUGCGUCUAGAACAACUCGAGUGGCUUUUAAGCAUGAUUUUGUGUUGGUUGGAAAGUGGAGUCUGAGACAAACGUUUUCGGAAGGCUUUCUCACCCCAACGUGGUCAGGUUAUUGGGGCACUGUUGGGACGAGGAUCAGUGCUAAUGAAUCUAAAAUACAUUCCGGAGUCAGAAGUGAACUUUUUGGGAAGGCUUUCCCACCCCAACCUCGUCAAGUUAUUGGGCUACUGUUGGGACGAGGAUGAACUUCUUCUUGUGUACGAGUUCAUGCCCAAGGGAAGCUUGGAGAAUCAUCUCUUUCGAAGAAAUCCUAACAUAGAACCACUUUCUUGGAACACCCGGAUUAAAAUAGUUAUUGGUGCUGCUCGUGGACUUGGAUUCCUGCAUACGUCGGAAAAUCAAGUUAUAUGUAGAGAUUUUAAGACCUCAAAUAUACUUCUUGACAGUAAUUACAAUGCAAAAUUAGCAGACUUUGGCUUGGCUAAAUUGGGACCAUCUGAGGGACAAUCACAUGUAACUACCAGGGUCAUGGGCACCUAUGGUUAUGCUGCACCAGAAUAUAUUGCAACAGGGCAGUUGUAUGUGAAGAGUGAUGUGUAUGGAUUUGGUGUGGUCCUUCUUGAAAUACUGACAGGCAUGAGGGCACUUGACGCAAGAAGGCCAACGGGGAAGCAGAACCUGGUUGAAUGGAUCAAGCCCUAUCUCUCUUCCAAAAAAAAGUUGAAAACAAUUAUGGAUGGUAAGAUAGAGGGUCAAUAUUCACCCAAAGCUGCAUUACAAGCAGCACAACUUGCUCUAAAAUGCCUAGAGCAUUAUCCUGAUCAACGUCCUUCAAUGGAAGAAGUUCUUGAGGGAUUGGAAACCAUUGAAAAUAUCCAUUCAAGAUAGACUUGUAAUUUUUUUUCUUAAUUUUUACUGGAUUGGUUUCAAGUUUAAAAGACAAAAUAAAAUAUCCAUUGAAGAUACCCAA